AUGGAAGCGUUUCCUAGGUGUCGCGCUGGAGGCAUUCCACUGCAAAACCACCUAAGGGAGAAGGUUGCUAGGGAAAGCUGCGGGCCACGAGGUGUUAAAAGGCUGCCUGAACUGGCAGGAGCUGGACGGAAUGUGGCAGCUGAGCCAAGGCAGGAGGAGCUCCCCAGAACCAGGAAGGAAAACCCUUUACCGCCUACGGUGACUCUGGGGCUCCCUCUGCUGACAAAAUUUAACGCAUACCGGCUGGCUAAGAAAGAUGAUGUUUCCUCACCAGGAGAUCUUGUUAUAGCAGAUGGAGGUGGUCAUCUGAUGGAAGGUGAUAAAAUUUAUUGGCCUACUCAGUCAGCUUUAACCACACGUUUGAGGCGUCUCAUCACUGCAUAUCAGCGUACUAAUAAAAACAGACAAAUUCAGCAGAUACAACCUACUUUCUCAGUGCCUGCCAGUGUGAUGCAUCCUCUUUAUGAAGAAGCCACUCUUAUUCCAAAAAUGGCAGCCAAGAUAGAAAGACAGCAGAGAUGGACAAGAAGAGAAGAAGCUGACUUCUAUAGAGUUGUAUCUACAUUUGGAGUGGUAUUUGAUCCUGACAGAGGCCAAUUUGAUUGGACAAAAUUUAGAGCUAUGGCUAGGCUACAUAAGAAAACUGAUGAUAGUCUGGAGAAAUAUUUGUAUGCAUUCAUGUCUAUGUGUCGGCGAGUUUGUCGCCUUCCUUCCAAAGAAGAAUUGGUGGAUCCAAAUAUUUUUAUCCAGCCAAUCACAGAAGAACGUACUUCUAGGACUCUGUAUCGCAUUGAACUUCUAAGGAAGGUAUGGGAACAGGCCCUCUGACAUCCACAAUUGUUUGAAUGCUUGAAGCUUUGCCAUCCAAAUCCAGACUUACCAGUCUGGUGGGAAUGUGGCCCUCAUGAUAGGGACUUGCUUAUUGGAGCUGCCAAACAUGGGGUGAGCCGAACAGACUAUCACAUUCUUCGUGAUCCCGAGCUGUCAUUUAUGGUAGCUCAAAGGAACUACAGUCAAAGCAGGACGGCUCGUUCAAGGACUUCUACCCCCCUUUUACAGCAAUACCAAGUAGCACUUUCUGCUCCUCUUACCUCUCUACCAAGGCUCCUCGAUACUAAAGGUAUUAUUUUAGAGGAUAUGAAAGUGAAAAGUGAAAGCCUGAAAGAGGAGCCUCAGUCUUCUGAAGAAGAAUCCAUGUCUUCUGAUGAAACCAGGACACUAAUAAAGUCUGAGCCUGUAAGUCCAAAGAAUGGUGUCUUACCACCAGCUACCGGAGACCAGAAAUCUGGUGGAAAAGGUGAAACA